GUUUGUGGGUGCUAGACAAUAACAACAAGUUGACGUCUGCAUGCCAGAUUCGAGAAAGUUUCUGAAUAAUAAAUUAAAUUCGCGAAUGAGAGCGAGAAGUGGUCACUUGUUUAUAUCAGAAGGUUGUAAGUUUUCGAUUAUUCUACUACACGGCGUGUCAGGGCUUCCGCUGGAACGAUGAUAAAAGCAAUUCUAGUAUUCAACAACCAUGGAAAGCCACGAUUAUCUAAAUUUUACCAAUAUUUUAACGAGGACAUGCAACAGCAGAUAAUAAAGGAAACAUUCCAGUUAGUAUCUAAACGGGACGACAAUGUAUGCAAUUUUCUCGAGGGAGGAAGUCUGAUUGGUGGUUCAGAUUACAAGCUUAUCUACAGGCACUACGCAACGCUGUACUUUGUCUUUUGUGUAGAUUCAUCCGAGAGCGAACUGGGCAUCCUGGAUCUGAUACAGGUGUUUGUCGAAACGUUGGAUAAAUGCUUCGAGAACGUCUGUGAGUUAGAUUUGAUCUUUCAUGCCGAUGCCGUUCAUCAUAUUCUAUCCGAGUUGGUUAUGGGCGGAAUGGUACUUCAGACAAACAUGUCGGAUAUUCUAGCCCGUAUUGAGGAGCAAAAUAAACUGCAGAAACAGGAGGCAGGCCUGUCGGCCGCUCCGGCGAGGGCGGUCAGUGCCGUCAAAAGCAUGAAUCUUCCCCAGCAAAUAAAGGACAUUAAAUUACCCGAUCUUCCGCAGGCUAUUAAGGACCUGAAAUUCUGACCAAACACUAACUUUGAUACGUCGUUACUCACUAAGAUCGCCUCCGACUCGUCUUACAUUCCGAUCAGCAGCAGCGCUUUUGAGGGAUUCAACUUCGAUUCGUACCAAUCAGAGUAUCCGUUGAGAAAUAAUUCCGCUGAAAAUAGAGGCAAACAACAAAAUGGAAAGCGAAAAUCGAAAAAUGCUGCUAUUAGCGACCACAGCGCAGAACAGGACGAUGAGUGUCACAAUAAAAUGAUCUGAGCAUUUGUUCGACUUCAAAUUCCAGCCAGCCAGCAUAGAAUCGGGGCUAAUUGAGCUGAACAUAUAUAGCUGUUUUGAACUUAAUAUCGUGCAUUAGCCACAAAUUUUGAGCCAAAGGCAAGCAAAUGAAUCACCGAUAAUCGGGUGAUCGGAUGCUGUAUUAAUUUCACUAAUCGAAAUAAAAGUUUUAUACCUAAUCUGAAUCCAAAA